CCGCCGGCCGCCGCCUCCGUACGAGUCGUAGCCGCUGUCCCCUCACUCCGGCAGCCAUGGCAGUAAUGGGGCUGCGAAGGGCGGCGGUAGCGGCCCUCGAAGGUGGCCUGCUGGGCCGGGUCCCUGUCCCCUCGUCAGCCGCGGCGCGGAGGCACGCGGCGCACUUCACCUUCCAGCCGGACCCAGCGCCCAGCGCCCACGGACAAACCCAGAAAAUGAAUCUCUUCCAGUCUAUAACAAGUGCCUUGGAUAAUGCCUUAGCCAAAGAUCCUACUGCAGUAAUAUUUGGUGAAGAUGUAGCCUUUGGUGGAGUCUUCCGGUGUACUGUUGGCUUGCGAGACAAAUAUGGUAAAGACAGAGUUUUCAAUACACCAUUGUGUGAACAAGGAAUAGUUGGAUUUGGUAUUGGAGUUGCAGUUACUGGUGCUACAGCCAUUGCAGAAAUCCAGUUUGCCGACUACAUUUUUCCAGCAUUUGAUCAGAUUGUUAAUGAAGCAGCAAAAUAUCGGUAUCGCUCUGGAGAUCUCUUCAAUUGUGGAAGUCUCACAAUACGAGCACCUUGGGGUUGUGUAGGUCAUGGUGCAUUAUAUCAUUCUCAAAGUCCAGAAGCCUUUUUUGCCCACUGUCCAGGAAUAAAGGUUGUUAUUCCAAGAAGUCCUGUCCAGGCCAAAGGAUUGUUACUGUCAUGCAUAGAAGAUAAAAACCCCUGCAUAUUCUUUGAACCUAAAAUACUUUACAGAGCAGCAGUGGAACAAGUUCCUGUGGAGCCAUACUAUAUUCCGCUGUCUCAAGCUGAGGUGCUGCAGGAGGGAAGUGAUGUUACUAUGGUUGCCUGGGGGACUCAGGUGCAUGUAAUCAAAGAGGUAGCAACCAUGGCUCAGGAAAAGCUUGGUGUGUCCUGUGAAAUAAUUGAUCUGAAGACUAUUUUGCCUUGGGAUACUGAGACUGUUUGCAAGCUAAGGUGUGGCCGAAUGAGAGGUGUCCCUCCCAUGGGAGAUGUACCCUUCAUGGAAGUUGGUCCCGUGACAUACUCACAUCAUGGAGGAUGGUCCCAUGGCAAAAUCUAAAAACCAAAAAUGCCAUCAGUUUUUCUUGAGACGGGACUGAAGUUAUCACUGUUGACUGUUGGAUGUCUUUUGCCUUUAAGCACUGGUUUUAUGUAUUUUUAUCCAUCUCCCUUCUCUCACAGAUAAUCAAAAAGUUAAACAUGGCACAAGCCAAACUCAUCUUAAUUAUCCUGACCUCUGCAACUUCCCAUAAAAACAAUUAUAAUCUCAUUUUGAUUCAAUAUCUUCUGCUUCAAUCCAGGAGUAAAUUGCCAUGCAACCCCCCAUUUUUUUCUAAUAUGUUACGAAGAACAAGUUGUUAUUUUAGUUUCCAUCUAUGAUUAAUUAUGAAUCAUCUCCUAGUCCUUUAUCAUACUAUAUAUACAGUUAGUCUUUGCAGUAACAUGCAUGUUUAGUACUUAAUACUAGCAGACAGAGUAUAUGAAUAAGGCACAUACGAGAAUGCUCAGAAUCAAGAGAAAAGGUUCAUACAAGAGCCACCUUACUUUUCAAAAUGGCCUUACUGUGAUAUUUCUCCAUUGCCUUCUAAAAUACAGAACAUAUUAGUCUAUUUCUUGCACAUCAGACAGACUGGGUUAUAUCUAAGUUCUCAGUUUUAGUGUCCAAGUUCUCAUUUUUGGCUGACACAUCUGCCAAGCAUCCACCAUUCAAUGAUUUUCCAGUGGUCAUCCCUUUGGGAAAAAUAUUUCCAAAAACCAUCUCCCACAAUUAUCAUCCCAGUAGGGAAACCUAGCCUUUCUCAAGACUUGCAUCUAUUUCUUUUUAAAUGGGAUAUUCUAUUUGAACUAAUGGCUGCAUCCUUCUUUCUGUUUACUUCUCUGAAGAAAGUUUUGUCUCUGGCAAUUACUUCAGGUUGCUGGAGUGGGUGAAUGCCAUGCCAUAAUGGAGGUAUUCCUGAGAUCAUGUAUACAAUUUCUCUCUAAGAUUUGUCUCAAAGUUUCAUAUUAACAACAUUUUACUUACUUGUCUUCUUUCCAAAGCCGCUUACAAAAAAAGUAGAAUGGAGACUGUACACCCUGGAUGUAUGUAAAGCUCUGUUGUAUUAUCUCAGCAGAAGUAGGCACUUCAGGACACCCCUAACAUUCCUUAUAACUUAUCCUGAGAUGAUCAAAGACAAAUUUAUAUCAAAUUGGACUAUCCAGCUGGAUAUCAUAAUUUAUCUGUGUUCUCGAUGAUUGGAAAAUUGUUUCUAGGAAAGAUGUUAGCUCAUUUAGCAAGAUCACUUCCUACUUUUUGUAGCUUCCCAUAUAAUUCAAGCUAUCUGUAACGUAGAAACAUGGUCAUUUGUUCAUACAUUCUUCAAAGCAUUUGGCACUUACGGAAGCUUUAAAAAAUGUUGCAGAAUUUGGCAAAUUUUUGCAACAUUAGCCAUUUACUCAGCCUCUUUGAACCUACCCCUGGCUAAAGCUCCUGCUUAGGAGUCACCAAGAAUCAAAUAUGUAUAAAGGCUAUCACAAAAGAAGAGAAAAAAGGUACUUCUGUGUACAGUAACUGGUGUUCCUUGAAAUGUACAGUCUAUAUGCAUAUUCUAUGAACUGCUCUCCAUCCUCACUACUUCGGAGUUCUCUCAGUUUGGACUCCUGAAGUGGUCCAAGAAUUGGUCUCAGCCCCUUUAUGCCCUGGACUGGAAGCACGAGGACUUUGUGAUAAAAAGUAUUCUUCACAAGCUGAAUUUGUGUAUGUGUCUGUGGGUGUGCAUGCAUGCAUGUCUGUAUAAAAUAUUUACUGUUCCUUUAUAACUCAGAAAACUAUUUUUCCUAGAGAACAUGGUUUCAGGCAAUGUGUAGUUUCCUUUAUUGCCCUAGAAUGGAUUGCUUUCAAGCACUGGAAAGGUUAGAUUGAGUGGAUUUUCUCUAUUCCUGAAUUUUGAAUGAUACAGGCUUGAUUCAAAUCCUCUUGAAGUCAAUGGAAUAAUUCCCAUGAACUGCACUGAUCUUUGGAGCAGAUCCUUUUUAAGAAUCUAUAGUUGUAGAGAUGAUUUAUAUUAAAAUGUCUCUCACUGAAACUGAAUUCAAGAUCAGAAUUGAAAAAUCUCAAUUCAUCUUGCCCAUCCUAAUAUUUUACGUACUCAGUUUUCCUCUGUCUCAACCCAGACACAUCCUUUAAAGGUAAAAGUUAUAGCAACGAAGUGAGGCUGAAAAUGUGUAGCUGAACUUAGAUCAGUGUUAAUUCUGUCAACAAUUAAAAUCAGUUUAGCAUUUUCAUAUGACUCUGGUUGGCUAUGACUUUGUGAUAUGUAGUGUGACAAAGCUGUAUUAGAUACUGCGCAUAAAUGUUUUUAGUUAUUUCUUUGGUUUGUCACUACCAAAAUCUGGGCAAACUAAGCUGAUGUUAUGUAUGUCUCGUUAAUUCAGAUCUGGACUAUAUGGUUAUGAUGAGUUUGAAAACAGAAUUUGCAAAUUAUAGUGAUCUCUUAAUGCAGAAUAGUUCACAACUUUAUUCUGUUUUCUUUGAGCAAGAAAUUAAGAAUUUGAUCAUUCAGACCUCUUAAUACAGGAGACCCUCGCCAUUUGUAGUGGAUAUGUUCUAGAGAUCCCUGCAAAUGGGGAAAUCUGCAAAUACUGUACUGCAUUGUCUGUGUUGAAAACUUGUUCAGGCUUGUAACCCUUUUCCUUGAUGAUUUUAAGAAGCUAUAGGGGAUAAUCCCACACUGUUUCGUGGUCUGCUGAUGCUAAUUUUCCCUCAUCAACUUCACAUUAUGUAGGCUGUGCCUCUUUUUAAGUUUCUCAAAUCACCCCUAACUUGUGGAGCACAGUAACAAAAUGUCAUCAUGCUACAUGGGGAGAGAGCAUGGGUUGGCACAGCACACCACAAAUAUUUGAAACCGCGAAUCACAAAUGCACAAAUAGCAAGGGUUUCCUGUAUUGCUAAAAAUGUUCAGCCAAAAGUUAGCACUGGGCACUUUGCUCUUCCUUUGCUUUUCUUUAGAGAAAUUUUUCUGUAGAAUUCACAAUCCUACUGAACUCAAGAAUAUAAAUAAUUACUAAUCUAAAAAAAUGUCUACACUUUCACAAGAGGACCACCGCUAAGAAGAUAGAAAAACCUAUGAGAGGUAAGAGAUGGUUAUCUGUGUUAAUCUAAAAUUGGGCAAGAAGUAGGGCACCUUACAGACUGAUCGCUUUAGAGAGGCAUGAGCUUUUAUAAGCCAUGUACAGUUACUUGGUUUCUCCAGGGAGAGUUGCUGCUUUCCAAGGAGAAACCAUGACUGUACAGAUGUUCAGGAUUUUUCUCCCAGACUGAAAAUGGACAGUUGAGAAAAAUAAGCUGGGAACAACCAGGGUUAAAUGACUUCCAGAGAGUUUUCUCCUGGGAGAGCUAAUUUCUGUACACAUUCUUUUCUGAGAGAAGCCACAGCACAGUCCUCCAACAUUCUAGGGUGCUUGGCUCCUAUUCUCUCCACCAGAGGGAGACUGUUUCAGGUGGCUGCUCCAGAUGAACAGGGAACAGAACAACCCCCCUUGUAAUCUCCACAUUAUGCUACAGGGAGAUGCAAGCAAUCUGGGUUAACCAGUCAGAGCUAUCCUAUGUGCUGCUGGUAUUCUAUUUUUAGCCAGACUGAGGGAGUCUUCAGUGCAUGCUGAGAUGUAUGCACAGGAUCCCCCUGGUUGUGUAGUGUCAACACUGCAAGGUCUCUGCUCUUCAGCGCUUCAUCAUCCAAAUGUCUGUUCAGGCAUCUCUAGGUAAGAUUUUCUACCAGAAGAAUAAACCUGGGAGAAUUCUCUUGGAUUAUUUAAAGCUGUGUAGGCAGUCAUGGGUAACAACCUUUUCCACAUCAGAUGUUAUGAAUGUCUAGAUCAUUUUUCUCUGAGCCUGUUAGUUUCUAAGGUACUUAUCUGUCCUACCAUCUGCUGUAUUAGACUUGGGGAAAUAUAAGGGAGGGACAUGGCCAAAUGCAAUCCAGUAAGGGAAAAUCUUGAGUAUUUCCUCUAUCAUAAAGAUUUUUAUUUACCCAUUUGCUAUUUGGGAACGUUUUGUUGACCAUUUUUACAAGCCAUUCUUUGAAGAAUCUCAGAGUUGGAGUAACCAUGAGAAUAAGCUACUGAUGUUAAAAUGUGACCAGUGCUUCUUAAACAAUAACCCUAUGUGACAGCCUCUUGGCAUAUAAUAAGUAACUGUGUAUUGCUGGCCCAUGGACAUGACGUGCCAAUUCCCUUUAGCUUACCUCACUUUAUUUGGUUGUGAGUAAUGGAAAACCAAGCAUAGAAAUCCUGUCAUGUCUCUGUUGUUGUAUUCUUCAACUGCACGCCUAAGGCUUGAGCCAUAUAGGUGCAGAAGAAGUGUCUCAGAAUUAGAAUUACGUAUGUCUUGGCAGAAGAACAGUAGCCAAUGGCCAUUUGACAUUCUGCUUCUAAGGUUUCUCAGCAAAUCCAAUGCUUGUUCCCAUAAAAUGCUAUUAAAGCUAUACCAUUUGUGCUAUUAUAGUUAAAGACAUCACUGUUUCCAUGAUCAAUUCCUAUUUUUGGCCUAAUGAUAGGGUUUCAAAAAACAUGCUUUAGGUUGAUGCUUGGCUUACAAGAGCAGAGUAGUCUAGAAAUACUUGUUAUAAGUAGAUUGUUACUUUUAAGCCAGGAGAAUGCAGAAUAUUCUUAAUAGUUUGAUUCAGAUAAUUGUUUGCAUUUCUAUAACUUGGAUGAUUUUAUGAGUGGAAACCUUGUGGCCCAUUAAUAUAUUUCUGGCUGAUUUAGGCUAAAAAAUUGUGAAGUGCUUAUAUGGAAAUCAGGUUUUUACAUAUGUACAUUAUUUUACCACCCCCUAAUAAACAUUUCAGAUGAGUUUUUAA